AUGCAAUUGCUUCUCCCAGCGUCUCUUCUGACGGUUACCUUGUCAGCCGGUGCAGCCGCCUGGUCCCCUAGUGGGAGUUAUGCUCCUGGCGAAGUGUCUUGUCCUAGCGACAUCAAUCUUGUCAGAAACGCAUCUGGUCUUUCCACGGACGAACAGGACUGGUUAAAGAAAAGAGACGCUAACACAAGAGACUCUUUGAAAAGUUUCUUGACUAAAGCAACAAAGAAUUUCUCGGACAGCUCUCUCCUAGACGAUUUGUUCAAAGAUGAGAACGCAGCUCCUAGAAUUGGUAUUGCCGCCUCCGGUGGUGGGUACCGUGCUAUGUUGGCCGCUGGUGGUAUGGUUGCUGCAAUGGACAACAGAACUGAAGGUGCCAACGAACACGGUCUUGGUGGUCUGCUGCAAAGUUCAACGUACUUUGCAGGGUUGUCUGGUGGUAACUGGCUUACUUCGACUUUGGCCUGGAACAAUUGGACCUCCAUCCAAGAAAUCUUGGACCAAUUGAGCACCACCAACUCGACUUCCAUUUGGGCGAUCGAAAACAGUCUUAUCGCGCCAGGUGGCUCGAACAAAACUUUGACCAACGAGAUUUUCGGUGCAGUUAAGAAAGAGGUUGAUCAGAAACAAGCUCAAGGUUACAACGUCACUUUCGUUGAUAUCUGGGGUCGUGUUCUUUCUCGCUUCAUGUUCCCAACUUAUCCAAACUCCGGUGACGCGCUAACUUUCUCCACUUUGAGAGACUUUGACGUCUUCAAGAACGCUGAAAUGCCGUUCCCAAUUAGUAUCUUAGAUGGAGAAUUCCCAGACGAGGAUAUGGUUCAUUUAAACGCUACAGUGUACGAGGCUAACCCAUUCGAGUUUGGUACUUGGGACUCCUCCUUGAGAUCUUUCACCGACAUUAAGUACCUCGGUACCGAUGUCAACAAUGGUGCCCCUGUCAAUGACGGUCAAUGUGUUUCCGGUUUCGACAACGUUGGUUUCAUCAUGGGUACCUCUUCUGACGUGUUCAACGGUAUCGAAAACACGGCAAACGGUAAGGCCUACACUGGCGUCAUUAACAGCUUUAUCAAGCAAUUCUUGCCAAACGCUACCAUGGACAAGAACAUUGAUGUCGGUAUGUACGCACCAAACCCGUUCAAGGGGAUCGAGAACGGUAACCAGUCCUACGCUGCUUUGUUGACUGAGGUUGACGCUUUGCGUUUGGUUGACGGUGGUGAAAAUGGUGAAAGUAUCCCAUUUGCUCCAUUGAUUCAACAGGAGCGUGAGGUUGAUGUUGUGUUCGCUCUGGACAUAUCUGAUGAUACUGAGCAAUCGUGGCCAGACGGAAGUUCUAUCAUCAAUACCUACAGACGUCAAUUUACCACAGAGGGCCAGUUCUCGGCGUUCCCUUACGUCCCAGAUAACGAGACAUUUGUUAAGGACGGUUUAAACAAGAAGCCAACAUUCUUUGGCUGUGACGCCAAGAACUUGACCGGUUUGAGAUACACACCACCAUUGAUUGUUUACGUUCCAAACACGGAAUACUCCUUUGCCUCCAACACCAGCACCUUGCAACUGAACUACGAGGAGAAAGACAUCAGAAAUAUGAUCCAAAAUGGGUUCGAAUCCAUGACCAUGGGUAACUUCACCAAGGACUCCGAAUUCAUUGGGUGUAUCGGUUGUGCUAUCAUGAGACGUAAGCAGGAAAGUCAGGACCUUGCUCUUCCAGAGGAAUGUAACAAGUGUUUCUCCAACUACUGUUGGGGUGGUUUUGAUGCGGAAGCGUCUGUCUCUGCUCAAAACACUACCGGGAGUAAUGCUACCUGGAGUAACUCCACAUCCGCUUCUUCUGUGAGAAAUGGUACUGCUACAAGUACUCUGAUCGGUUCCGUUGACGAAAACUCUUCUAGAAUCACAGCUAUGGCCGCUGCAACGGGUGGUAAUCAAACAAGUUCUGGCGCUGCGUCGUCUUCCACAUCAACAACCAGGACUAGAGGCGGUGCCAACGUUCUAAACGCCGGAAGCACUCUUGGUGUUUUCUUCUUCGUUAACGUUUUGUUGAACUUCUUAUGA